AUAACAGAGAUAUAAUUAUAGUUCUAACCUUAGUAGAUUGCAGAGUCCAUGCAGGGAUUCAGGGAAUUAGAAGAAACAUCAAAACAUCAAACCACUAAUUAUUGAUAGAGUAUAGAGCACCCACAGAUAAAGAUAAUAUUGCAACACACAACAACAAAAGGCAACAUAAAAGGUCAACGAUUUUAAAGAGCUAAAGACAAAAAUGGCAGAGAGUGCAGUGAAAGAACAGCUGAAAUGUUCCAUUUGCUUGGACAAUUUCAAGAAGCCCAAAGUGUUGCCGUGUUGUCACAGCUUCUGUCUCCAUUGUCUGGAGGGAGCUCACGAGAUAAACAAAGACAAGAAAAGCCUAACCUGUCCUCAGUGCAAUGCUCCACAUCAGGUUCCUACCAAUGGUCCCCGUGGUUUCCCUGAUGACUACACUCUUGCUAAUCAGAAACAAGCUGCUACAACCACACCAGUUUGUGAGCAAUGUGAUGAUAGCAACAAACCAGUGGCGUACUGCCACACCUGCUCAGACUACUUGUGUGAUGAGUGCUUGAAAGCUCACAAGAGACUUAAGGCUUAUCGAGAUCACAAGACAGUCAAUAUCACUCCUGGGAAGGCUCUUGAUAUCAAGCCUCAGGCAAAGAAGAGCUAUUUGUGCAGUGUUCAUCCUGAAAAACUACUAGAGCUUUACUGCAAGAGUUGUAAGAGCUUGGCCUGCCUCCUGUGCUUUGUGGGGCUACACAACGGCCAUGACAUUGGAAGCAUUGAUGACAAAACAAGACAAGAAGUGGAACAAAGUAUCAACGAUAUAGUGAAAGAAACAGAUUCGAAAUUGAAGCAAUUUGAAGAGAGCUUAAAAUACGUUUCUGCAGUUGAAAAAGAAAAAGCAGAAGCUCCCAUUACACUCAAAGCUCAAGUUGAUAAAAAAGUUGAUUUUCUCAUCCAAAAACUUGAAGCAAGGCGUAAAAAACUACACAAGGAGAUUGACGAUGCUUGUACGAAAGUCCACAAGGAAUUGUGGGCACAGAAAGAAUACCACGAGACAGCCAUUACAAACAUGGAGGGUGCUCUGAGCUUUACCAGAAGAGCUCUGGCCUGCAAGGAAAACACGGAACUACUGGCUCUCGGUGCACAAGUCACCUCCAGACUGAAAGAGCUGAGUCAGCUAAAAUGGGAUACCCAGUCCACGGAGAAAAUCGAAAUGAUAACAAUCGAAUUCAAAGAAGUGAACGAACAAACAUAUACACAGUCUCUCACGGUUAGUGAAGGGGAAACAGAUACGACAGUUGGGGAAAUACAUGUACAAACUUCUACGCCAGAUAUACAAAUUACCGUGACAGAGCUAGAGAAUUGUAGUGUUAUGCUUCAAGUAACGGCAGUAAUGAAAGGGAAAUGUAAACCUCCUAAACUAACUGCUUCAGCAACUUGUACACCCAUGCACUGUGUACGUGGUCAAAUUACAACAGAAGAAAAUGCUGCAGUAAAUAGUUGGACAGUGGAGUUUACUCCUAUACAACCAUGUACCUACACGAUUACAUUUGAAGUCAAUGGGGAAUAUGGAGGCAUAGACCUACACAAAGCUUAUGACUAUCGCAUCAAACAUUGCGAAAAAUUUUCUCAAGUGCUUUAUAAGAAGAGCAGGAAAAAAAAGGGCAAGAAAAUGCCAGAAGUCGAGAAUUAGAGCAUCAUGGUCAUAUGAUGUAGAUUGUGUAGCAUAAUUUAGUUUCAAGCACCUGUGGUGUAAAAUGCCUUGGUCUAAGAAAGUUGAUUACCCGAGGUGCGUGUGGGCGACCACAGGUAUAGUAGUCUGUUGGUCUGUUUGUCUGUUGGUCUGUUUGUAAUAUUAUUAUCUGAUUAUCUGA